UAUUAAAGGACAUCAUCAAACCCUAACACUCUAACCAAAACAAAUUAAAACAAAGUAAACCACAAGAACAAGAUCCACAAAUCAAAUCCUUUAUCACGUCGAAUUUUAAUCAAACUAAUUUGUCAAUGGAAGGUUACAUGAGGGUGGCGGCGGAAGAAGUGGAGGAGCUACGGAGGAGGAACAGAGAGCUCGAGAGAGAAGUGGAAGAGAUGAAGACGGAGAUGAUUCAGUUGUGGCGACGGACUGUGGUGGCGGAGGAGGCGGAAGAGAGACUCUGCUCGCAGCUGGCGGAGCUGGAGGUCGAGUCUCUUGAUCAGGCGCGUGAGUAUCAAUCUCGUAUACUCUUCCUCAUGGAUCAAUACUCUCGUCUUUCUUCUUCUUCUUCGGUUAAUGUUUCUUCGUCGUAGAUUAUAUAUGUAUGUAUAGUUGUGGUCCUUGUGGAUGCGUGCAGAUACGUUAUAUGUACAUAGAUCGAUGGAUAAAUCUUAUGUUUUCAACAUAAAUGUAACGUGAGAUCUAUUUCUAACCAAUGACAAUCUUCAUAAAACGGCACAAUUAGCCAGUCUUU